UAGCAACAUUAUGCGAACGCGCUGUCGUCUGGAUCUGGAUCGCAGACAGAUCAAAACUUUGGAGCGAAGAUUAAAUACUUUGAAAGACGAGAUGUUUUCUUAAAUUUGCAAUUAGAAUCCGGCUGAGGAGAGGAAGUCAUAGAAAAUGAAUAGCGCUUCUUCUAGAUCUAAAGUGAAGAAGCCGUGCAGAAAUAAGAAGCCCAGUCACAAUGCCAACCCCUCCUAUCACAGCGGCUUCUUCUGUCACUGCUCCUCCUGCCGAUCCUUUCAUCGUCUCUUCGUGAAGGACAUCGAUGUGGUGAGUAAAGUCUGUGCCACCGCCAGGAAUAAAUCGAGCUUGCAGCUGAGCAACGAAGCCUUCUUGGACAGGUUCAAGGAGACGCAGCUCAAUGCCAAACCAAAGUGGAUCAAACUGGGUGAUCGUGUGACAGCUAGAGGCACACAUACAGGUAUCGUCAAGUACAUUGGUCCUCUCGAGGAUAAGGUUAUAUCGCCCCCUACCUACGUAGGCAUUCAGCUCGAUGAGCCUGUGGGCUUGCAUUGCGGCAUCGUCAAUGGCAAGCGCUACUUCGAGACGCCCAAGGGGCGGGGCCUGAUGGUGAAGUACGAAGAGGUUUCUAAGAGGAAACCGGCAGAAAAGUGUCCACCCAUACAGGGGAAUCCCAUGUUUCCCAGCUAUGAACCAGGCAAAUACACACGCCUCUGGGCAGAUAGCGAUGUUGGGUCACCGGUUAAUCAGACGGAACAGUGGAAAGAACGAGGAAGGGCUAAAUCUGCACCACCACCUGAACAAACUGCAUCAGAAGAACAAGCUUCUGCAAAAGCUCAACAGUCAUGGUCUAGAGCCAAAUGGAGAAUUAGCUUGAUGUUCAAAUUGGAUGACAAAGGCACCCAGAGGAACCGGCCAGACCAGCUCCCUCCCAAGGUCCUCCAGAAGAUCUCUAACUGGAAGAAGGGGCUCGGAGGCAGCGAGAAAGACGCAGAGCAGCUGGCUCAGACCCUCAAGAAGCUGCACUUGGCGCAAGAGAAGGGGCGCAGAGAGCUAGAGGAGGAGAGAGAGAAAGAAGAGAGAGAACAAGCAAGGUUGGAAAGAGAGAAAGAGAGGGAGAGGAGGAGAUUGGAAGCCGCAGAAGAGUGGAGUAAUGUCAUAUCUGUUUUUUGAAAAAGGCAGAAGCCAUACAGUUCUAUGAGAGAGUCUAGGCUAUUACUUAUGAGAGGCGAUUAAUUAAGAACUACGGAUUCUAUCAUAAAUGAUAUCAUUUAUGAUAGAAUCCUUACAACCAACCAAGAAAUACUGUCUUCUAUUUUCAGUAGACAUAUCAGGAAAGGUAUGCUGAAUUGGUACAUUCCACACAAUUGUAAUAUUUAUGAGCCAUAUAAUAGGUACUGGUGCCUUCGAACUGGCCUUUAUGUAGUGCUCGUAAAUGCAUGUUUAUAGGCUUUUGAAUUUGCUUUUGGUUGCAAUAGCAACGUAAGAAAUAGGAAAAAAGAAACAGACAUUGGGAAUGUGAUAAGGAAAGGAGAGAGGGAGAGAGAGAGAGAGAGAGAGAGAGAAAGUAAAAGCGGGAGGGGGAGAUAGAUGGGAAGAAGUUUGUAAGAGAAAGAGAUAGGUAGUGACAUUAAAUAAGGAAUGGAAAUAAAUGAAAGGAGAACAUGCUAAAGAAAGAUUUUCCUGCCAUGGGCAAAAUCAUAUUUCUAUAAUAUUGCCAAGCUGAACUUUGCCAUACUUUUCUACAAGCCAUGUUAAAUAUGUAUAUAUUGCCAAUUUGAAAAUCUAUGCGUUGCCAGGAGGCCAACUUCCAAUUUAUUUAUGUUUUGUUACGCAAAAUUUAUUCAGGGUUUCCUUCAGUAUUAAUUCCUUUUUGUACGUGUGCAGGGUUAGACAUGGCCUUGUUGGCUCUGGUACUUAGACUCUUGAUUUUCUUGUAAUUAUAAUGAUUGUACUGGUAGUUGCUUGUAUGCUUUUUUGCCUGUAACUUCCAUGGAAAUGAAGUCUUGUGUAAAAGAAAUGAUGUAACUUUUAAAGGUUCUGUGAAACACACGCUGAAAAUGAAGUUUUGUGUAAAAGAAAUGAUGUAACUUUAAAGGUACUGUGAAACACACAUUAAAAAUGAAGUUUCAAGGAAAGAUUAUGUAACAUUAAAGGUACUGUGAAACGCACAUUGAAAAUAAACUAAAAAAGAUAUUGGAGGUGUGCAACAGUAUGGCUGGGAUCAAAUUAUUCUUCCUACCAAAUGAUAUUGAAAGCUAUUUGUACCAUUAUCAAACUAUCACCUUAGGAACAUAAUUGAAAAUGAAAGUUUUAAUAGUUUUUCUUGAAUAAAAUUUGAUAAUUUUUUAACAAAUUUCAUAGACACCCCCCCCCCCCUCCCCUUAAAUUCUACACGUUCAUGUAUCUCAAGUUGCCAUUCCAGUUGUGCCAGAUUUGUGUUAAUAUACCUCUAAAUAUGUUGCAAUUCUUUUGCAAUUACGUGAAGUAAUUUGUGCACUUAAUAAUGCUAUGCCACUAUAAUUUGUAACUGAAAUAUAUUUUAUAUGUACAUUUAUCUUGUGAAUAAAGGUUUUACGAUUUCAAAAACUGUA